UCAGCGUCUGAGACCUCUCUCAACUGUGAGAAUGGAGUGUGCGGGAAGGGGAAGGAGAACUCGAUGUGUGGGCCCACCCACCAGACGUUGUGCUCGCUGCGGAGCCGUUGCCUAUUGCUCUGUCUCUCACCAGAUUGCGCACUGGGGUGAUCAUAAAAAUGAGUGUGAAAGGUUAGAACAACAAAUGAAGGAUGCUGAAAAGUUGAAUAAUUUUCCUUUUACUUUUUCUGGAGAAGCUACCGUUCAGGUGUGUGAAAAGCAGGAGACUAGGUGUUCGUUUCUGACGAAGCUUGGGAUUCAUUGUGUAGGAAUGUGGAUGGGUGAAUGUAGUUGUUGGGCAUCAGCUGCUGCUUCUUUAGAUCAUUCAAGGUUAACUGAGGGAUGGAAUCUUUCAAGGACUUUGUGCCCAUGUAAAGGGCCCUUAUCUCCAAUACCUAAGCAAUUAAGUAGUUGGAAGGACUACUAUGAAUGGAGAUGCAUCCCACUAUGUUCUCCUGUUGCUUUGCUUCUUCAUUGGCAAGAGCAGAUGUAUUUAAGAUGGAUGGACACCCAACUUCAUGUGUAUGAAUCUCCGCUUACACUAUAUCAGGCCAUCCAACUUGCUGCAACGAGAAACUUAAUUCCUGAAGACAACAAUGAACUGUACAUACACUACCUUGGGCCUGAUAAAGAGCUUCUUCAACUAGCUGUCUUUGGGGAGUUGCAUGCUUUUUUUCCCGGAGUGCAAGUGCAUAUAGAGUUUGUUGGACCUGAAAUUCCACAAUAUAGGGACGGUGAAAGAAUCAAUCUUCACAGUUAUGCUCAUUGCAUUGAGACAGAUUGCAUUUGCAAAUCUUCAACUGAGAAUUUCAGCUCUCGUACAUCAACUAGUAAAAGUUCAGCGGUCGUGUUAAGGCUUCAUACAGGUUAUUAUCAUGACCGUUUCAGAGAUAUAGCAAAGGAUACCUUUCCUCACUUAAUCAUUGCUCCAAAUGCUGGUGUUGCUGCUUACACAAGCUGGUUACCAACUAUUGAGCUAAUAAAGGAGAUUAAUGUCCCAGCAGUUUUCUCCGAUUACUGCGAAGAAGCUUCUCAUCUGGGAGCUUCUUGCAUAAGCACCGUAACUGGCUGUCCUCCUAUGAUUCCUAUUCAGGUAAAUCCAUUCAGGCAGCCAAUGGCCGUGGAAGACAGUCCGCUGUUUCUUCCUUGCUACUCGAAUUGCUUUCUCUUUGGGAUGUGAAGUGGCAUCUGAAGGGGACUGUUUAUUCUCUUGUCAAAUGAAUACUGAAUCGGCAGGGGCAUAGACAACUGUUUAUAUGUGCAUGAAUUUUGGAUGCUGAUGGAGAGGUUAAUUCUAAGCACGGAGUAAUUUAUAAGAUUUUUCCUUUGUGAGGAAUACUUGGGCAAUCUCACCGAGAAAUGCUAUAUAACACACACACACACACACACACACACACUGAUUUUGACAAGAAACUCACGCCCUCACAUUGCUUCCGUAAAAACUCAACCUUCUACUUUAGAAGGUGAGGAAGUACCUUUGCAAUUAACUGUGACACACAUGUCACAUGUUUCCAUGCUGUUACCCCUUUUUCCUCUCACUUUUCUUUUCUAUGUUUUUCAUUUCCUUUUUCAAAGACAAUAAGUUAAAACAAAGGAAAACUGGGAUUAUUAGAAGGAAGGUUUAAAUUUUUGUGACUUUCAUGUUUAUGUACUGAUAGACUUAUAUUUUUUACCCAUCUAUGCCAAUUUGAAAUUCAAAGAAA